AGCUUCGUGAAGCGGCGAAGGCUUUUAAACACACACCCACCCACCAAACCAGCCAUCGGCGAAGAAAAACCAGAUUAGGAAAUGCCUUUGCCUCGCUAGGGCUGUGUGGCGCUCUCUAGCACCGACACCUGUCCUAACACGGUAUAAGAUGCUCCUCGUCAGGCCGUAACAGAUGCGCCGACGGGACCCAGAGGGAGGAGUCAAGGAGCGCGAGCGGGGCGGAGCCAGGAGGACAGACUCCGCCUCCGUGUCAGCGUUCCGGAACCCCGCGGGACCCGCCCACGGGGGGAAGCUGCCUGUCUUUCUGUUUCCCCACGAGCUCACCUUCUUUGCCGAUGACCAGAGCAGCCACAAGCAGAUCCUCACUCUCUACAACCCCUACAGCUUCACCCUGAGGUUUAAGCUCCUGUGCACGGCUCCCGCCCGCUUCACUGUGCUCGACGCCGAGGGCCACGUCAAACCCAACUCCUGCAUCGACAUAGUGAUUCGGCACAGGGAUGUGAGCCCCAGACUGUACGGGCUGCAGGAACGCUUUCGCAUGGAGGUGUGGGAGGAUGAGGGGGCUGGCAGGGGGGCGGCAGGGAGCAAGGAGGUGCGUGCUGUCCUGCAGCCAGCCAGGGCAGAGGCCAGCACAGCCAGGACAGGGUCGACUGGAUCAACACCGUCCAGGGAGCUGGCGGACAGCUGGGCCUCAGCACGCAUACUGGCACUGCAACAGCCAGGUCGCUCCCAGACCCCGGGGUUCUCUGUCCUCUGUGUGCUGGUUGGGGUCGCGUGCGUCGCCUUCCUCAUGCUUCCCCUGCACGGCGACACCAGCACUUUGGUUCCGCCUCACUUUCACGUCACUGUCAUGCAGAAGCUGGUGUGCGCCUACAUCCUGGGUCUCUUGACAAUGGUCUUCCUGCGAUGACAAGGGCAUUGAGAGAAUCAGAAAGCCCUCGGGACCAGAGACGGGAACACAGUCGUCUUCAACUCAGAACCAAGAGGGGCAGGCAGAUUUUGGGGGUCUAAAAUGCUGGGAUCCAAACUCACAACCCCCCUGCACCCCACGGGAAGGAAAACUGCCAAGACUGAAGGAGCCACAGCACUGUUAGACUGCGCUGGCUAGCUCCUCCAGCGUGGAUCUCAUGUAUCGUCUACUGGAAGUAAUGGUACACAGAAUGAUCAAUCAAUCAAUCAAUCAAUCAAUCGAUCAAUCGAUCCUGGGACAUUUUAACUGGCAUUAUCCACGUUUUUUUGACAGCGCUCUGUGGGGUACAGUUCAAUGUAAUUACAUUCUCAUCAGAACUCACACAGACCUAACACUCACAGUCCAUCUAAUCUAAUAGGGAUUACCAUCACUUUGUAGAGCUGGUAUUUUUCUCUGUGUUAUAAAGUCUCUAAUUGGAAGCUGUUAGACAAUAAGACACCUGUUGCAUAGCAGUUUGACCCGUUCCAGGUUUUACUACCAGCUUUGAAUACACACUGUGGGUAAAGUUAACAAGCUCUUAUUAGACUCGUAGGAAAACCAGGAGUGGAUCAAACCGCUGUGCAACGGGAGUCUUAUUCCCAUCCCCGUCAGGGAAAUUUUACUGAAAUGAUUUAGUCAAUGAAAAACAAAUCCAUUGUGACAGCAUUACUUAACACAAAUAUAUACCAUGUUCAUAACAGCAGAGUCUAGUGUAAAACUAUAUUAUUAUUAUUAUUAUUAUU